AUAAGAGAGCUUAAAUGUAAGUGUAUAUGGCAAACAAGAGCUUCAGAAGAGUUUUCAAACGUCAAGAAAGAUCAAAUAUGCCUAAAGCACACAUAAGUCUUUGUUUCGUCAUCUUUUUAUGUCUCUCCUCGCAAAAUUUCAUGAGAGUUAACUCACAGAGCCAAGGAUCUUGGUGUAUAGCGAACGCUCUUACUGAUAAUGAAAUAUUAUUAAAGAACAUAAAUUUCGCAUGUUCACAAAUAGAUUGUGGAAUUAUUUUGGAAGGAGGUUCAUGUUAUGAUCCUAAUACUCCUCUUAAUCACGCUUCUGUCGCCAUGAAUCUUUAUUAUCAAGCUCAAGGAAGACACUAUUGGAACUGCCAAUUUGAUGGCUCUGGUCUCAUUACCGUCAUUGAUCCUAGCCAUGGGAGUUGCAAAUAUCAGUAUAAGUAAAAACAUGCAAAGCUUUGUAUUGGUUACAAAAAUAAAAUGAAUAACAGAUAACUCUAUUUAUGUAAUUUCAUGUUUGCUAUCUAAAGUUUGAGUGGCUCGAUUUAUCAUAUUCUACCAUAUUUGAGUUUCUAUGA